AUGCGGUCUUCUGUUUCGUGCCCCGAGGCUUUAACGUGGGCUGUGGUCCGACGACCACCAUACGCGUACCAACGGACGCUGGUUCCGGUGAAACUCGUCAAGGCCACCCUUCGAGCUCAUGGAUUGUCCUCCGAUUCAAUCAACAGCUCGCAACAAAACGCAAGCACGAGAGCAAAGUCAAAACAGCUUUUCCAAUUGGCUAAAAAGCCCUCACGGGGUCCGCCGUCGUCUGCCCUCGGGCAAUUGCUUCAGCCGUCGCCGACUCAUGUCGCGUUCAUACCGGAGAAACCGCUCAAAAGCUGA